CUCUGAAUUGGUGCACAUUACAUAAUACCAUAUCCGCCACGCAGCUGCUUUUUGACGAGCAAAAUUAAAAUAUUAUUAUCAAAGAAAAGUUUUCAAGUAGAAAUUGUUUGGAGGAGGUCUAUCAAAGAAAUCCAGAUGAUGCCUUUGUGUGUGAGAUGGGGUGAACAUUGCUUAGUAUAUUAUUUGUGAGUGCUGUGGCUCAUUCCAGAUGUGCAGCUUGUCAGCGCUGGCGCGCGGCUGCCGGCCCGCGCCCGCCGCCAAGCCGUGCUGUCUGUGCUGGUGCUGCUGCUGCUCCUGUAGUUGGGCAAAGUGCCUGGCGGCGCGCGGGUCGGAGGGCGGCCCGGGCAAGAAGCCGCGCGAGCCCGGGCCCCAGGAUCCCCUGCUGGCCGACGGCGACGCGCCCCCUACCCUGGAGGAGAUUCAGAGCUGGGGCCAGUCGUUCGACCGCCUCAUGCGAAGUGCUGCCGGGCGCAAGGUGUUCAGAGAUUUCCUUCGUGGCGAAUACAGCGAGGAGAACAUCAUGUUCUGGCUCGCGUGCGAGGAGCUCAAGCGGGAGACCGACCCUGACGCCGUCGAGGAGAAGGCGCGUUUCAUUUACGAGGACUACAUUUCCAUACUCUCGCCCAAAGAGGUGUCGUUGGAUUCGCGGGUGCGGGAGGUGGUGAACCGCAACAUGGUGGAGCCCACGCCGCACACGUUCGACGAGGCGCAGCUGCAGAUCUACACGCUGAUGCACCGGGACUCGUACCCGCGGUUCGUCAACUCGCCGCUGUACAAGGCGCUGGCGCGGCUGUCCACGUCGGAGGCCGCGGCGUCCCCCGCGCCGGCCCCCGCCCCCGCCCCCGCCCCCGCCGCGGCCUCGCCGCAGUGACGGCGACCGCGGCGACGCGCGGCGCGUGUCCGUGGGGCGCGCCGCGGUCCGAGAGCCACCGAGACCCCGUCGGGAUACUAGUGUCCUCGCGAGUAUAUUUUCUAUUCUGUAUAUAGCCUCGAUAUACUUUAAUUGAACGGGUACUAAUUUUGUAUAUAGUUAGGUUAAGUGUAAGAGUAGGUGCGCGCGCGCCCGCCGCCGCGGCAACUUCGCUGGUCCACCGGCCGCUCCGCGCCGGGCUCGGCCGACGCGGCGCCCGCCUCGCCGUCACCCUCUCCCGUUUCCUUAUCGAUGCACUUUCUAGUUAGAAGCAAUAAAAGGUGGACCAAUUAAGUUUGCCGAUGACGAG